GAAAGCAAAUCUGGAAUCCCAUCAACAAUGGCAGAAGUAGCAAAGAAGUAUGCAGUUGUUACAGGUUCAAAUCAAGGGAUUGGAUUUGGAACAGUUAGAAAGUUGGCUUCAAAUGGGAUCAUGGUGGUGUUAACUGCUUUAGAUGAGAAAAUGGGUGUUGAAGCUAUUGAAAAAUUGAAAGAGUGUGGGCUCUCUGACCUGGUGGUUUUUCAUCAACUUGAUGUAACAGACACUGCUAGCAUUGCUUCCCUUGCAGAUUUUGUCAAAACCCAAUUUGGGAAACUAGAUAUCUUGGUAAAUAAUGCAGGGGUUAGUGGAACCAUUGUGGACCCUGAAUCUAUGAGAGCUGCUGCAGCUGCAGGUAUUGGUAAGGAUGGUGUAGGAGUAAAUUGGAGUGAAAUAAUGACUCAAACGUACGAGUUAGCUGAAGUAUGUGUGAAAACAAACUACUAUGGUGCCAAGAAAAUGACCAAAGCACUCCUUCCUCUCCUCCAGCUAUCUGAUUCACCAAGAGUUGUCAGUCUUUCUUCCAGCAUGGGAUCGUUAAAGCAUAUACCAAAUGAAUGGGCCAAAGGGAUGUUAAGUGAUGCUGAGAAACUUACAGAACAGAGAAUAGAUGAUGUUUUGAAUGAGUUUCUCAAAGACUUCAAAGAAGAUAUUCUGGAAACCAAAGGCUGGCCUACUUCCCUCUCUGCCUAUAUACUCUCAAAAGCAGCCGUGAACGCGUUCACUAGAAUGAUGGCCAACAAAUACCCAAACAUCUGCAUCAAUAGUGUAGACCCUGGAUUUGUCAAAACAGAUAUGAACUUCAAUACUGGCAUGUUAACCAUUGAUGAAGGUGCUGAGAGUGUUGUGAGGUUAACUAUGGUUCCAAAUGGCAGCCCUUCUGGCCUCUACUUCUAUUUACAACAAGUCUCACCCUUCUGAGCAUAACAAACCCUUUUCAAUUUCAUGAAAUAAUGAUCCUCUUCUGUUUAAAUUGCUAUAUUUAUCUUGGUGUGGUGUAACAACAAUUUCUCAAACUCUUGU